CCGCCCGGGACCAGAUACCUCAUCACAAAGACAAACACGGCCAUUCAAGCAAGGUCAACAUUGCGCAGUACCCCACUCAAGGGGAUUCAACAUUCCGGCGUAUACCCAAUGCGGUGCUUAUCAUUUCAUUCACGACUACUUAUAAGUAAAUCAGCGUACAAAUCAAACACGUCUUAAACCAGGGUGACUUAUUACCAAAACGAUUAGAUAGGGGGACUAGGAGCAGCUGCUAUAGCUGACAAGAAUAGGAGCAAGUGUUGGGGUGUUCAAAAAGGAUAUACAGCUGCAUGAAAAUAAAACUACCCGAACAUGGAGGAAAACAAAUUUCAGUUGGCGGACUAUAUCAUCUUCGGAGUGAUGCUAUUAAUUUCUGUCGGCAUUGGAGUGUUCUACGCUUGUGCAGGAGGAAAACAACAGACGAACCGGGAAUUUUUAAUGGCAGAUCGUAGCAUGAGGUCACUUCCGGUUGCAUUAUCUGUUUUGGCCAGCUUCUUUUCCGCGUCAACACUUUUGGGCACUCCGGCCGAAGUCUAUGUUUAUGGAAUCCAAUACUGGAUUUCUGUAUUUGGCGCUAUCUUAGCGCCGUUGACCGGCGCUUUCUUAUUUGGGCCGAUGUUUUUUAAGUUAAAACUUGUUAGCGUUUAUGAGUAUCUUGAGUUAAGAUUUCACUCCAAGUCCGUCCGUUUGUUUGCAGCAGCCUUGUUUAUCUUGCGACUGAUUAUGGGAAUGGGCAUCGUUCUCUACGGACCUUCGACAGCUCUAGGGGCAGUGACGGGAUUCCCAGUAUGGGCCAUUAUUUUAGUAGUGGGCGGAGUCUGUACGUUUUACACGACGCUGGGGGGAAUGAAGGCCGUAAUUUGGACAGACGUCUUCCAAACAUUUGUCAUGUUCGCCGGAAUGCUGGCCGUUUUUAUUCAGGGAUGUAUAAAGGUGGGUGGCCUUGAGCAAUUGUGGAACAUAAACUACCAAGGCGGGAGGAUAAAUUUCUUUGAUUUUGAUCCAGACCCUCACAUCCGCCAGACAUUUUGGUCUUUGACUAUUGGGAUGUAUUUUGUAUGGCUGUAUCCAUACACUGUGGAUCAACAAAUUGUUCAGCGAUUUUCUUCAGCGCGCUCCCUAAGCGACGCAAGAUUUGCUUUGAUUUGUAAUGUUCCCGGAAUGUUUCUUCUCAUCACGCUGUGUUCUUUCACCGGUUUGGCUCUUUAUGCCAAUUACGUCACAUGUGAUCCUCUUAAAAAUGGCGAUGUAGCAAAUGAAAACCAGCUCUUACCACACUUUGUGAUGGAGGUGUUUCAAGAUCUGCCAGGCCUACCUGGGCUUUUUGUAGCAUGCAUGAUCAGCGGUGCUCUUAGUUCGAUUUCCUCCAUGUUGAAUUCGCUGGCUGCCGUCACGUGGGAAGAUUUCUUGAAAUUGAGAUUCAGCUCUUUGUCAGAGAGGAACGCAACAAAAGUCACGCGAACUCUCGCGUUCCUAUAUGGUUUGCUUGGUAUAGGAAUGGCUUUCGCUGUCAAAGAGAUGGGUGGUACAGUUCUACAGGCCUCCUUGGCUUUCAAUGGCUCUGCUGGGGCACCACUAGUGGGCGUAUUCAUUCUAGGGGCCUGUUUUACCAGCUCCAACUGGGUCGGUGCCCUGGUUGGGGGUGUUCUGGGAUUCGCUUUCUCCAUGUGGGGUCAGAUAGGAAAGUACCUCUCCCUACCAACAAACGCUCGCCUCCCCACGUCCACCUUGGGCUGCCACUCCAACACAACCACUGUUAAUGACGUCAUCAUGUCGAGCGACUACAAGAUAAAUAACCCGGAUCCCUCAUUAGAAGGGCUAGAAAGGUUCUAUGGGAUUUCCUACUUGUGGUUCAGUGCCCUGGGUGUUAUCAUCACAGUGUGUGUCGGUCUGUUCGUCAGCUGGUGCACAAAGGGGCAAACGGAGAAGACUGGUAAAGUACCAGAUCGUCUGAGGCUGAAGAUGUGGGAGAAUAUUUGCAUGGGUCUGUGCUUCCCACCACAUAUCCUCAAAAAAGAAAUGAAACAAAAGCAGCUUCAAGAUCAGCUAAAGGAUGUCCCCUCUAUUACCUAUACAUACAGGCAACCCAGGUCUAGUAUACUGAUUCUGCAGCCUUUGGAAGUUACAUUGGAUGUAAAACUAGAUCAGAGGGCAUCGAGUUCCGACGACGGACCGGAUGCCAAAACUCAAGCAGACGACAACAAUUAAUACCUUGGCCGAUUCCUCUAGUGUAGACAAAAUAUUGGCGAAAAGUUAGGAGGAAAAAUGUUGAUGACUAUUGUUGAAUCGGGUUAUAUUGUAUGGAAAAGGGAAAUAAAAAUAUUUUUAAAA